AUGAUUUGCGAUAAUUACGAGAGACAAAAGCCAAGCGGUUGGAUUAGGGACUGGAAACCCGGCCAAUACCCCAAGACUCAGGAGGAGAGGGAGGCCGCGGCCAAGAAGUACAAUCUCAUCCCUGAAGACUACGAGCCCUACCCCGAGGGCAGCGGAUACGGAGAUUAUCCUAAAUUACCGGUAAAUUAAGAGCCAAUAACUGACACGACUGUCCAUUGNUGUCGCCUAUAGUGAUAGUCGAAGUCUUCAUAGGGAUCUCUGGCGUCCUGACCCACUUCCUGAUGGACAACAACACACC